GAGUGAGGGGCCCUCUGAGCUAAUUGGCAGCGAGGGUGACAAAGGUGGUCCGCUUCAAAAGAGAAACCCUGGUGGGAUCCUCACACAGGAGAGGAGGAGGAGGGGAGAAGGGGAGAGAGAGUAGAGGGCAUUUCAGAUUUUGAGCUCAUUCCCUAUGAUGUUCCCAUCCUGAGCUGUGAUGGCAGAGCUGGUUGCUCAUUUAUAGGGUCAAGUUUGCUGUUUUGAUGGACCAUUUUGAUGUGACAAGGGGACUGAUUGUGUUUGAUGCACCUGUGGAAGUAAAGAUGAGUAAAGUGGAAGUAGAGGACAGCAUCAUGUCAUACCUGUCGCAGAGUGAGACCGACACCAGGCCCAAAGACUUGAAUGUAGUGGCCAUGCUCCAUAACUUCUGGGAGCAGAGGCAGACUGGUCAGUUAAGUGGUUCCUCCACUGAGUCAGAUGGUUCUGUAGCCAUCCCGACAGAGAGCUUGCUGCUGUACGAGUCUGCACCGUCCCCCGGUCCUCCAUACGUCUGCUACGUCACCCUGCCUGGAGGAAGCUGCUUUGGUAACUAUAGGGUGUGUGACACUCAGGCAAAGGCUCGGAGGGAUGCAGCUCGCGUGGCCUUGAUGAACUCACUUGUGAACGAGCUGCCGUGUCGACGUAUUAACCUUCAGUUCAUCACUCAGAGUUUACAGCAGGCGGCCACAGACAGUGCUGUCUCUAUAGAAGAUGCUUGCGAUUCAAGCACCAGUAUAGGAACCUACAGUUUGCUGCUCCACUCCUACAUAGGAAGGACCAUGCUUGAGUUCCAGGAGAUGAUGACAAUUUUCCAAUUGUUGCAGUGGAACGGGACACUGAAGGCUCUUAGGGAAAGGCAGUGUUCUCGACAGAGUGUGAUUUCCUAUUACUCUCAGCGAGGACAUGAUGAGUACAUGCGCAGCAGCAUGGCUCUGGACUGGCUCGGACGGGAGCAGAGGGUACCGGGGCGACUCGGGGAGGAGCUGCAGGUGGCGCAGAGGGAGCUGGUGUUGGCCCGGCGGCGAGGCAUAGAGCUGCGCUUCUACAAGGAAAAGACAGAGAUCCUCAGCUUGGCUCUAAGUCAAGCAUACAUUCACCACACACCUGAGGACUACAGCGAGGGGCCCAGUCACACAUACAACCAAGAACAACUUCCUUUGCACACAUUACACAACCAGGACACAGAAAUCCAGAUAACUCCACCCUACAGUCCUUCACCAACCCUCCAUAAAACCACAAAGCAAACAGUCUGUCAAACCUCUGGCAAACACAUGCCCCCUAACAGUCCUUCACCAUGCUUACCUCCGACUUAUGUGCCUUUGAAUGACUUUGAAUAGACUGAAGCAGAUGGUAGAGGAUGGAUGUUGUCAGUUGAAUGAGC